GCGAAGUAAAGAUAACAAAAAGGCCUCUAUAUUGAGAGACAGAGGGAGUCAUACAUCAUUACAUAAAAUUGGGAUUAACUUUCGUCAGAAUACUUCCCACAGCUUAGCAGUGUCGUUGGAAAGCCAUUCCACCCCUCCACACUGCACCAGAGGCCGGAGAGCUCUCUCAGAAGGCCAUGGAGACUGAAGCUAACAACUUCUGCCAGCAGGACUGAGGCCUUAAAAGAAAAAUUCAAAUUUAGAUUCCAUUCAUCAAUUAAUUGAGGAAUCACAAAUAUUCUAGAUGCAGCAGUCAUCAAUUAAACCACGCAGUGACAAGGUAGUCCCUACCUCCUUUCCCAAGGAUCCCAUUCAUUCCGAUUUUCCACGUUAUGGACUGCAAUCUACUGCCCGCCACAGUUACGGUGCGCACUCAUUCAGCACCAACAGCUGGGAUAUCCAUGAAGAGCGUCAGCUUUGGGAACUUGAAGAAGUCAAGGCUAGAGCCGCUCAGAUGGAAAAGACUAUGCGAUGGUGGUCAGACUGCACUGCCAACUGGAGAGAAAAAUGGAGUAAAGUUCGAGCAGAAAGGAACAGUGCCAGGGAGGAAGGAAGACAACUCAGAAUAAAAUUAGAGAUGACAGUGAAGGAGUUGAAUGAACUUAAAAAGAAACAAAGUCUGUCACUUCAGAGGAAGGCAUCACAAGCUAACGUCACCCAGGACCUGGAGUUUCCUACUAUUAUAAACAUGGCCUACGACAAUAGAGCUCCAUUUCAAACUACUUCACAAAUGCAUGAAUUUACUGGAGAGUGUUUGAUGGAAAGACAGUUUCCUACAGAGAAGGCAAACGAUAAGAUCAUUGGUUCUGGAAACGGUGCUGUGGUCCCUGGACUCAGGCUGCAAGUGAUAAAUCUGCCUUUGGAGGAGGAAGGAACUAAAAUCUCAGCUCUGCAGAUCCAUUUGAACGAGUUCCAGCAAUCUUUGUGGAAAGAAAGAGAAAUGCGUACAGCUUUGGAAAAAGAAUUAGAACAAAUGGCGUCUGCUUUGUCUCUGUGGAAACGGAAGUAUGACGACCUGAGAGGAUCGAAGGCAUCAGAUGGGAAAGAGUUUGGCAUUCGUCAUGGUCUACGUGAAAAUGAAAUGGAACGAAUAGCAGGAGAUACAAAGGAAGAACAUAAUUCUCAAAACAACAACGAUAGAGUCAUCUUUGAGUUAAGAUCAGAGCUAGAGAGACUGCAAGCUGAAAAUACCUCAGGGUGGAACAACACAAAAUUACUUGCAACAGAAAAGCAAGGACUGGAGAGAGAAAAUAGAAGACUAAAAGUCCAGUUGAAAGAAAUGGAAGAGCUCCUGGAUAGGAAAAACAGAUUAAGUGCAAAUUUUAAAGAUCCUGACUUGAAGACAUCACAGAUUGAACUGCAAGAAAAGAACAAGGUCUGGUGUUCUUGGAAGCGCCUGUUCUCUUACUGUGUGUUUUCUUCUGAGGCCUAGGUGGAUGCUGCUUUCACCUUUGUCCACCUCCAAAUCUGAAUAUUGCUUUUUUGGGCUAACGUCUGAUGGCUAGCUCUUUUCUCUGUUGUCAUAAAAAUAACAUUGCUCAUGUAUCUGAAACAGAGUGUAGCAAAUUUUGGAUGAAAAUGUGAGAGUAUGAUAAAGGAAGAAAAGACAAAUCUUGUUUUGUUUUGUUUUCCAUUAUAGCUUUGUGUUAGCAGUUUUCAAACUAUUAUCUUAUUUCCAGUAAAUGUGCUUAUCUAGUAAUUUGAGCACCUACACAGCAGCAUUUAUUGGUACCUAUGAUAAGUAUUUACAUAAACACUUAAAUUUACCUGAGGUUUACUGUUCUCUGAUUCCCUUUUUGUCUGAGAAUCAUUAUUUUGAGUGAAUUGUGUCUUAUUUUUUUGCAAAGAGAUGUUAUAAUUAUAGCAAAACUAAGACAACCAAGAUUAAUAAAAUUAACUUGGGCAAAUUUAAAUUGUUUGCAUAUUUUCCCUUUAAGCCAAUAGAGAUGGGGCUGUAGAUGGGAACAUUUUUCUUUCUUAAAUAAAUAAUUUACAGAUUUUAAAAUGUACUUUCAGUGACAGAUAAUGUUAUAAUUUGUAUAGUUUACUAUAAAUAGGCUAUAAUAUAUAUACACUUUGUUUCCAAAUUCUUCCAUUAAAGUAUCUACCAUAUUUGAA